AUGGGUCUGGAUUGGCUUGAGGUUGGCGUGCCCACGCUGGAUCGCCCCUUCGGUGUCGCGCUGUGGCCUAUCUUCGAAAAGGCCUUCGAGCCCAUCGCUGGCUACAAGCCGCAAGACUUCCGCUUCGUGCAGGGCGAGACCCCUCUGUCGACAUUCAAGAGCUGCGCAGCCUUCCUUGUCACAUACUACAUCAUCAUCUUCGGCGGUCGCGAGUUAAUGCGCGGACGUGAGCCAUUCAAGCUCAACUUCCUGUUCAAGAUCCACAACUUCUACCUUACUGCGAUCAGCGGCAUUCUUCUGGCGCUCUUCGCCGAGCAGUUGAUUCCUACGGUUUCUCGACAUGGUCUCUUUUUUGCCAUUUGCGACCAUAAGGGUGGCUGGACAGACAAGCUGGUCAUUCUGUACUACCUCAACUACCUUACCAAGUUCGUCGAGCUGAUUGACACUUGCUUCCUUUUCCUCAAGAAGAAGCCCCUAACCUUCCUCCACACCUACCACCAUGGCGCGACCGCUAUGCUCUGCUACACCCAGCUUAUCGGCCACACCCCCGUUUCUUGGCCAGUCAUCACCCUGAACUUGGCCGUUCACGUUGUCAUGUACUGGUACUACUUUCAGAGUGCGCGCGGCAUCCGAAUCUGGUGGAAGAAGUACAUCACAGUUGGCCAGAUUACCCAAUUUGUCCUCGAUCUUGGAUUCAUCUACUUCGCCUCAUGGACCUACUUCACCAGCACCUACGCUCCCCACAUGCCCAACUUGGGCAAGUGCGCCGGAGAGGAGUUCGCUGCUAUCUCCGGAAUGGUCAUCAUCACCUCAUACCUAUUCCUCUUUAUCGGUUUCUACCUCGCUACAUACAAGAAGCCAGUGCCUAAGGGCCGCCGCAGGGCUACCAGCGCGUUGGUCGAGAUGAAGGAUGAGAAAGUCCCGACUGUCGGUGAAGCCCGCAGGCGUCUUUCUACUUCCCGUCCUGCCUCCGUCCUUUCUAACGGUGCUGCUACAGGUGCUUCGCCCAGCGGAACACCCAAUGGUCGCACCACCAGGAGCCGCAAGGCCUAG